AGCCAGCGGCCCCGCGGAGGGGCAAGCGGGGCCAUGGCCGAGGCGGCCCAGCCCAGUGGAGAGUCCCAAGGCUCUGAAGUUAAAGCUCAGCAGCCCAAGGAAAGGGUCACCUCUGGACCUGUGAGGCGGGGCCCGCGCUCCGUGCUCAAAGUGUCCCAGCUGCUGCUCCGGGCCAUCACGUCGCACAAGGGGCUGACUCUGGCUGUUCUCAAGAAGGAGCUCGGAAACGCUGGCUACGAAGUGCGCAGGAAGAUUGGCCGCCCCUCCGGAGAAGCCUCCAAUUCUGAGGUUAAGGGCACGCUCCUGCGGGUCAGCGGCAGCGACGCCGCCGGCUACUUCAGGGUCUGGAAGAUUCCGAAGCCCAAGAGAAAGUUGGGGCGCCCUAGGAUGGAGGAGUACGGCCAUUCCCCCAGGAGGAUCCCACCCGGGUCCCGGAAUUCGCGGAGGCGCCCCACGCGUCGCAAACAGGCGAGGAAAACCAAGGAAGCCUGGAGACCCAGGAGGGUCACCGCGAAAGCGAGAAGGGGGAGGCAAACGACCCAGGAGCCGGUGCGUGCCAGAUCCAAGGAAGAAGCGGGGGUCAAGGUGAUGGACGAGGGGAGAGGACGGACCCUGAAGGAGGACAUCAACAGGCCUAGGUCACGAGAAGAGAAGAGGCCAAGCUCUAAGGUCAGAGUAGAGAGGCAGCAGGAAUCCGAGAAACCGGGAAAACGGACCAUCCAGAAGCCAACCCCGGUUAAAACCGACCGUACUUUUACCGGGCAGGGGAAGACGGGCAUGAAGACCUGUAGUAAAUCCGAAGGCCUUCGGGUUGUAACCGGGAAUCCUUAA